AUGGAAAACUUAUAAAAUCAUAAAUCGCUAUACAAUAAUUCACAGAAAUAAUUAAAUUCUCAAAAUCAUUAGCACGAAUCAAUGGAAUCAAUUACUGAAGAAUAUCUAAUUAUCAUGAAUAAAUUUUCAUAAGAAAUUUUUUAAACUAACAAUUAUAAAGAGAAAAAUGAAAAAAAAUCUGAUAAACUUAAAAACAUUCCUACUUUUACAAAUUUAUUACAAAGAACACAACUUGAUAGAUGA